AUGAAUCUGGAUGAUGUGACAGUCAAGCGAACACGUGAGUUGGCAAGAUUACGUAUGAAAGAACAUCGAAAACGUCAGAGGGAACGUUCCUGUGACAAUCAUCGGAGAUUUGAUGAUGAGUUAAUGAACGAGUUGUUCAGUGAUAAUGAAUCAAAUGAGUUACUCUUAGUGAAAAAUCCUAACUCCCAAACAAUUGACUAUCGAGAAUCAGAAGAGAGUCAACUUUAUCGAUCAGACAUAACCUCAAGGAGGAAUGCAAGAGUUCAUUCUGAUGAGGAAACAGGUGGUGGAAUGGGUAAAAGUAUGAGUGAAAUAAGUGACAAUUUUGUGAAAGAGUACAGAGAUGAGACUGAUGAUAGAACCUGGCCUGAAUAUUAUUACGAUUGUGAAGAAGGCGAAGAUGAUCUCGAGAAGUCCAUUGAAGGAGAUGAUAUUCGUGAAGCGAGUCUCGCCGAAGAGGAUUUUUCCGACUUUGACGAUGAAAUUGAAGCACCUGAGAUUGACCAACUUCGAAAUUUUAUCGAUGAACUCGAUGAAUUGCACGCGAAUGGACUAAUGAUAAAUGGCCGAUUAUUCAGAAUUUGUAUCAAAGCUUUCGUCUGUGAUACUCCUGCUCGCGCCCUUUUAAAGAAAAUCAAAGGGCAUGGAGCAUAUUGGGCUUGCGAGAGGUGCACCGUUAAGGGAGAAUACGAACAGCAUCGAGUUAUUUAUCCUGGUGUUGAUGGUGAAGAGAGGACUGAUGAAUCAUUCCGAGAACAACGUAACCCCGAGCAUCACACAGGUGUUUCUCCCUUGCUAAAGGCUAAACCCGCUAUUAGUGUGUCUACAAUGAUCCCAAAAUACAAGUGUGUAGUUUUUCCAAGAGACAGAGGACGACUGAAAAGCAUCGAUGGCGUACCUUCAACGUGGAUUUAUUAUGAUCCAAGUGUUGACAAACUUUUCUCGUUUUACCCUGAGACACAGUCUCAUGAUCAUAAGAGGCGCGAAGAAAUUCAAGCGAUGAUAAAGGCUAAUGAAGGUCCCGACAAAUCUUGGACAGUUCAUGAGGUGGAAAUUCGAGGAAUAGCAGAAACUUAUGAGGAUCUUGAAGAGAAGCUGAGCAUCCUCAGCAAGCAAAGCUUCGCUUUCACUUCCGACACCGAUGUUUCUCCCGAGCAGAAAGGUUUUAUCGAGAAGGAGAAAUAUAAACGCCGAGUAAAGAGUAGAUCUGCGGAAAUGUCACAAUUGUUCGAGGAAGCACAACAGGAUCUCAAAAAACAAACAAGUUCAUCAGGUGCCAAAUUGCAUGGUGCUGCUAUACGCAGAACUACAUCGAAGCAGGUGGAUGGCGAUCCUGUUACGGAUUUGGAGGAAUCAGUGUCAUCUGCCGAUGGGAGCACCAGCACGUUUGAGGUCUCCCUAUCUUCGUCAAAACCGUCAAAACGUAGACUGAGUUGCCCGGAUACUUCUUCAGAGACAUCCUCACCUCAUGUGUCUCCACAAAAAAAAAAUAAAAAAGUUCAGGAUAAUAAACGUUCUCGAUCUAAAGGAUUGGCUAACACAGCAGAGAUAUCACAACAUGUGGAAGUGAACGCAAUCAUCCAGAACUCACGGAGUAAGGGAGUUGACCAAUUGAAAGACCCGACCGUGCCUGGACCAUCUAAGGAUCGAAGAGAUGAUUAUAAUAUGUUAACAUCUACCCCACAAAAGACAUCACACGAAUCAUCAGCAGAUUCAAACGAUAAGCCCAAACGAUCAGGUCGAAAAUUACCUCCGUCUCCAAAUCGUUCGACGAACUCUUCAUCUUCUGUUCAUUCUGGGACAUCUCCGAAGCCAAUGGAUACCCCUAGUCCAAGAUUUCCCCUGAAGGAUGUCAGCAAUCGACUCAUAACAGGAAAUAAUUCACGUGGAUCACCUCAAGGCUUGCCCAAAGGAUACGUGCCACAGAGAUCAAAAGUCUCGUUCCCAGAACACGUUGCAGAUUUAGAGGGAGAUGGAUUAGAAGACGAGGGAGGAACCUUAAAAGAGAUCAUGAUCAACUGUUGUCGACAUGUGCGCAUGAAUGGACAAAGAAUAGAUCGUCUUAAGGGGCAAGUUGUAGAAAUAAAAAACGAAAUAGCUCAUCUCAGGACUGUCCCCCAACGAGGUCAAUUAGUUGAUGGUUUUGAAACAGAAUCAGAAGGAGAUGAGGUUAGAGACGGUUUCAAACUCCCGUGUAAGACACUAGCGGAGCUGAAAAUCUUUGACAGACAGCUACAAGUGGAUAAAGCAUACAGAAAAAGAUUGUGCCAAAGAAUACAUGGAUACAUCGAUAAAGAGCGUACUAUUUCCCGAAACUUGGGCGAGAUUAUUCGCAAAUUUCUGACUCAGAAUGUGGGUAAUAAAUUAACUCCCCUGAAAAAGAUGGAGGGUAAAGAAGUCUUCAAGGAACUAAAAUUCUAUUCGCGUCUUGUUGCUCUUUUCGGCCUCAAACUUGGGACCAAGAAAGAACCGCUUGAUCGUAAGAAGUUCAAUGACGCAUUGAAGGGUGUCUUGAACAAUUCUGGAGAUUGGGAGGGUGGACGAUCCAAACGAGGAAAACGAACGAAGUCAAAACAAUCUAGCAAUGCAGAACUAAGUGAUGGAUCUAUGGAAGACAUACUCCCUGAAAAGUGA